UGGUUUUCCUAGAGGGAAGUCUUUGAAGCAAAGGAUCCUAGAGUGGCCUUGGACGACAGAGCCGGGCGAUCCCGGGCGACACCGAGUUCCCGGGGAAGAGGAAGCAGAAGGCUCCCCCAAAGGCCCGGGGCUGGGAUCGCCUAGCUGUGUUGCCGGGUCCCCUCCCAGUCCCGGGCCGCAGUGACAGCUGUGGGGAGUCGGCUGCUGGAGACCCAGCGCUUUGUCUGCAGCCGCGCGUUGGGGACGUGGGCGUGCCCGUAGCCUCCGCCACCCGGCCAGGAGGCUGUACGACUGGGGAGGAGCCGGCUCGCAAAGCCCUUAGGAAAGCUCGCAGCCAGCACCCUGGGUUCUCUGGUUGUUUGUUUGCUAAAGAACUGCUUCCUGGAGCUCGGGCUCAGUGACCAACGCAGUGACAGCUAACCUUCUGGCAGUAAUAAAAGCUUUAAAUCACCGGAAAGUCUCCCAGGCGUAUGCACCAAUCUUCCAGCACUCGGGGUCCACCCUGGGAUCUUGGUGACCUUACAGAGCUUGGCCGAAUCGGAUGGAAAGAAGAGGGGACAUGACUCAGUAGGACAUGUUUGCUGUUGUUCUCCAGGCUGUGUGAACUGCAAGGCUGUCGAAAAGAAAAGAAAAGAAAAGAAAAGAAAAGAAAAGAAAAGAAAAGAAAAGAACAGAGCCAUAGCCUGUCUUCUGAAGCAUCUGAUUUCGGGACUGGAGCUCCGAGGUCAGGGGCUACGUAAAUGGCUCGACUCCCUGUGGGCAUUCGUUUCAUCGUCUCCUUCUCCCGGGAUCAGUGGUACCGGGCCUUCAUCUUCCUGCUGACAUUCCUGCUGUACACAAGCUUCCACUUGUCCCGAAAGCCCAUCAGCAUCGUGAAGGGCGAACUCCAUAAGCAGUGUGCUGCCGGGGAUGAAGCUGAGCCCAGAUUCAAUGGUCCAAGCAGCAGUACCAGACAUGGCCCCACCCACUGGCUCCUGAACAACACGACCCAGACCGACUGUGGCUGGGCCCCGUUUGAUAAGAACAACUACCAGCAGCUUCUUGGAGCCCUGGAUUACUCCUUUCUCUGCGCCUAUGCCAUUGGGAUGUAUCUGAGCGGCAUAAUAGGGGAACGCCUGCCGAUUAGGUAUUACCUGACUUUCGGGAUGCUGGCCAGCGGUGCCUUCACAGCCCUGUUCGGCUUGGGCUAUUUCUAUAACAUCCACAGUCUGGGAUUCUACGUGGUGACCCAGAUCAUUAACGGACUGGUGCAGACCACAGGCUGGCCCAGCGUCGUCACCUGCCUCAGCAACUGGUUUGGAAAAGGAAGGCGAGGCCUGAUCAUGGGGAUUUGGAACUCCCACACCUCCGUGGGCAACAUUCUGGGGUCCUUGAUUGCCGGCUACUGGGUGUCCACAUGCUGGGGACUGUCAUUUAUCGUGCCCGGGGCCAUCGUGGCAGCCAUGGGGAUAGUGUGCUUUCUCUUUCUCAUUGAACAUCCAAAGGACAUCAAGUGUUCCUCCACCCUGCCCACGCAUUCCAGAGUCUCGGAGAACGGCGUAAACAGGUUUAGAUUGCAGAAGCAAAGCACACACAGCGAAAAGAACGGACCUCUGGACCCAGAGCUGCAGUGUUUACUGCUGUCUGAUGGGAAGAGCUCCCUCCACCCAAAUCACAUCGUCGUCCUCCCUGGGGACAGCAGUGGCAGCAUGGCAGCCAUCAGCUUCACAGGAGCUCUGAGGAUCCCGGGCGUGAUCGAGUUCUCUCUGUGCCUGCUCUUUGCCAAGCUGGUCAGCUAUACCUUCCUCUUCUGGCUCCCGCUGUACAUCACCAACGUAGAUCACCUGGACGCCAAGAAAGCCGGGGAGCUGUCCACACUGUUUGACGUGGGCGGGAUCUUUGGUGGGAUCCUAGCAGGCGUGAUUUCCGACCGCCUGGAAAAACGAGCUUCCACCUGCGGCCUGAUGCUGUUGCUAGCGGCGCCCACGCUCUACGUCUUCUCCUCUGUCAGCAAAAUGGGACUAGAAGCCACCAUAGCCAUGCUGCUCCUCAGUGGUGCCCUAGUCAGCGGGCCCUAUGCGCUGAUUACCACCGCCGUCUCCGCAGACCUGGGGACUCACAACAGUCUGAAAGGGAACUCCCAUGCCCUGUCUACUGUGACGGCCAUCAUCGACGGCACUGGGUCUGUAGGAGCAGCUUUGGGCCCCCUCCUGGCGGGGCUCAUCUCCCCUUCCGGAUGGAGCAACGUGUUCUACAUGCUGAUGUUUGCAGAUGCCUGUGCCUUACUGUUCCUGAUCCGCCUCAUACACAAGGAACUGAGUUGUCCCAGGACGACUGCAGGAAUCCAGGCUCCGCUGAAGGAACACUGACCUCAAGCCCUCUGGAGUGCCUGGACCCAUCUUACACACACUGUCCUUGGAAAAGCUGAAAUGAAGGAUCCUGUCCUAAGAAGGAAAAUCCGCCUUUGCACAUGCCCCCUGGGGCGACUCACAAGCUACCUUGGGACUCGCUGGAUAGAUAGAUGUCGAGCUCAGAAUGACAGUGGGGAGCCUGCCUGGGCUGUGUCCCACUGCCUUAAUGGGCCGAGGCCUAAUGGCCCAGCCAGCCCCAGCCUGGCAGGUGCACGAUGCCCGCUAACCACUGAACUCUAGCGCGCAUGCUGACAGGCAGAACUGGGCUGCGGCUCCCAGGCAGCCCAACCCCUCUCAGGUACCUAGUGUAGAAUGUUCUAUAGCCUAUGAGCCCAGGUCAUCCUGCUCUCACGCUUCCCAAAUGUGCAGGGUGAAAGGGUAGGACACGCCACAAAUGUCCCAUCCACGAACCAACAGCCGCAGAAUAGCAGGAGAGCGCCCAGUCACGGAUAGAAACUGAGAUGGAGUCCCCCACCCCCAGCAGUCACAAAGACCCAUGCUCAGAGCCAACCAGGAAACCACCGUUCCCAUCAAGAUGUAAACGACUGUGAAGCAAUAAAGCCCCAACAAGACAGGGGCACUAGGAAGGCCAGUCCCAAAGCACCGACCGGCAUGUGCUGCGGUCCCCUGCAGGAUGGAGAGAGCAGAGGCUGGGGAGGGGACUUCACUGGGUACUAGGAGCAAUGGGUCCCACCCAGCCAUCCCUCUUACCCCAGACACCUGGGCUGUGUCUAGACCCACAGGGAUUAUUUAUUUUAAAUGUAUAAUGUGUUAUAUAGAUUUUAAGAGAUAUAAAUGGGAUUUUGUUAUUUAUUAAGACAAACUAUGAUUGUUCUGUGGCCAUUUGUCGUCUUGGUUAUAUGUAUCUGGUCUUUGAAAUAAAUUUUUAUUUAAAUAAA